AUGCAAGAAAUCGGAGACGACGCACUCUUGAGGGAGGGUUGGGAGGACAUCACACCAAUCCAUGAGGAUGAGGGGCUAGCACCUGUUGUCAGAAUACGAAGUAGUGGGGAAGAUGCAGCUACAAUGGACCUCUUCCAUGCAGUCCUCGGAAACGGGGAGCUCAGUGAAAGAGUUCUUGCAUUGACAGAAGAGGUGAUAGCGAUCAAUGCAUCGAAUUACAAUGCUUGGGAGGUGCGAUGGAGGUGCUUGCAAUUCUUGCCGAGCAGCUUCAUGGACAAGGAGGCUGAGUUCCUGGAUCAGAUGCUGAUGCACAAUCCCAAGAAUUAUCAGCUUUGGAACUACAGACGCAGAUUUGCUUUCCACCGGGGUGCUCUGCAUGCCACUGAGGAGUUUGCAUAUGUGAACCAGUGCCUGGAUGGGGAUGCAAAGAACUACCAUGCCUGGGCGCACCGCGUUGCAGUUGCCGAGCGCUAUGGUCUGUGGGAGCAAGAGAUGGUCGACCUGUCUCGGCUGCUGGAGGAAGACCUGCGCAACAAUUCUGCCUGGAACCACCGCUUUGUGGCUGUCAAGCACAUGGCCAAAGGGUGCGAUCCCGAGCAGGUUUUUCAGAGAGAGGUGGCAUAUACCAGGUCAAUGAUUCUGAAGGCACCCCACAAUGAGAGCUCCUGGAAUUACCUGCGCGGCCUGUGUACCUCCUUGGGGCUCCCUCACAAGAUGGCCCUGGAGCCUUUACUUUCAAGCCUCUGCUUGAAGGUGUGCUGA